UUACAAACUAUGCAUACCCUUGCCAUAUUGUCUGGAGAAAAGCAGAUAAAGAUUUUCUAUAGAAAGCAGUGAAGUCCUGCAGCCUGUUUUAUACCCAACAACACAGAGACAACCUGAUCAAAGCACAAAACCAAGGAUUUUUAAAUUAGGAAAAGAUAUUCUGUCUGGGUAGCUUAAGUAAGUUCAAGAUAGGAAACCUAAAUUAACAUUAACCUUUCUUACUGGAACAGAGACCAAGGGAAGGUAGAAAAGAGCACAACUUACAGGACUUUUUAAAUGGGGACAUUUAAAUAGGUUCAUACACUAAGAAAAUUUAAUACGUUACAUUUUGAUGCAGUAUUAUGGCUACAAAUACAUAAAGAUGUUAACUGAUUCAAAUUAGAAAACCCAACUAUUUUAUUGAAUAUGUAUGCUUUGCAAUAAAUUUGAGUCAGCACCAGCGACAGCUCUGCAGUCCUCCAAUGUAGUGCAGAUCAGGUGGUUGCAGAGCCCCAGCUAGCAGCAAUACGAUGCAGCUGAAGAGGCAAGCACAAUCCACAGACAGCAACUGUAGCUACUCUCUAGAACAAGACGACCUCUAAGCUUAAAUCUUUCACAGAAAUAAUGUGCUGAUAUUGCAGAAGACAUUCCGGCAGCAAUGGAACACCAGAUACUGAAAACAUCUACCUGCCUGCUGGUCCUUCUGUUUUUCAUACCCACUGUUCUGGGUAUCUGUCCUUCUAACUGUACAUGCUCAGGAAACAACAGGAACGUGGACUGCUCAGGCAGAAAUUUAACAGUAUUGCCACAAGGACUUCAAGACAACAUUACAUAUUUAAAUCUGUCAUUUAACCAGUUUGUAGAUCUCGAUCACCAGCUGACGAGAUUCAGCAAUUUGAGGACCCUUGAUAUUUCAAAUAAUUGGCUCAAGAAUGUUCCUGCUCAUCUGCCCAAGUCCUUAUGGGAAUUAUAUGCCAUAAAUAACAACAUUAAAGUCCUUCAGAAACUUGACACAGCUUACCAGUGGAACCUUAAAGUGCUGGAUGUUUCCAGGAAUAUGGUGGAAAGAGCUGUUUUGAUCAACAACACACUGAGUAGUCUCAAGUUUCUCAACCUCAGCAGCAACAAACUUUGGACAGUUCCAACCAACAUGCCCUACAACAUAGAGACAGUGGAUCUAUCCAAUAACUUCUUGUCUCAGAUACUUCCAGGAACGCUGGUGAGAUUACAACACCUCACAAGCCUCUACCUACACAACAACAAGUUCACAUACAUUCCCGACAAAGCUUUUGACCAGCUCUUUCAGCUGCAAGUAGUAACACUAUACAACAAUCCAUGGUCCUGCAGCGAUCAACAAAAUAUCUCCUAUUUACUUAAAUGGGUGCAGGGCACCACUGCCAUGGUCCAAGGGGCUCCCUGCGCUGACCAGUCAAUGCUGUGGGCCGAUGUCACGCCAAUCUCCACCACUGUGCCAGACGCCAGCUUCAUAAUUAAAGGAAUGAAGGCAGCAGACACUACUGCCUCUCCGGCUGCAGCUGAAUCAACCCAAAUGACAAAAAUGCAUAAACAAUUCAAAGCUAAGGAAGUUACUACCUUGGCUUCGUUAAGCCAGACAAUACUGUUCACAAACACGGACCGGCCCCUGCUCCCCUACCCUGAAGAGCCAACAACCAGGAAGGUCAGCACGUAUGAAGCAGCUGCCACACACACCAUCUUCAUUAAAGAUUCAACCGAUGUAAACUCAAGCCUGACUCAUUCAACGGGAUCUUCCACCACUCCUAUGACUCUCGGUAUUACCAGUGGAAUGCCAACAAACUACUCCAGAAUGCCUCAAAGCACAACUGCUACCUUAAGGAGAGAGGAAGCCACUACCAGCAUUCUGAGUACUGAUGUGCCCUCCAAAGCGAGCAUCUGUGAGAUAUGUUUGUUUUAUGCUGUAAUGCUUAAUGCAGUGGCACUGUUUAUUGGCUAGGAGCUCAUGCUCUUUGAGGUUAUUCCUGUGAUACAUAGCGGAGGUGGGAGGGGGGGAACAUCCAGGUCAAAUAAUGAAUCAAAACAGGAGAAAUCUGAAAGUCUGACUGAUCUAAAGAAAAUAACAGUUCCUAAAGAAGUGCAGACUAAUGUCUCGAUACUAAGCUGCUACUUAUUUUAAUAUGUCUUAAUUGAGUAAAACUAACUUAUGAUCUUGUUUUUUAAAAUGUGCUUAUUUUGUAUUUAAAUUUUCAAUUUUACUUGCACAGAAUAAACAUCUGAAUUUUAAGUACUGAUUGUAUUAUUUUGUUGUUAAACAACUGGAAGAAACAGAAGUCCUGUAUCAUAUCUGCAUUGUCUUGCUUGAUUUGCUAGUGAGCAGUUCUUGUAA